UAUGGUGAACUCAUUUUUUACCCAAAAGGAUGGUACAUCUUUUACGAGAUCGAAUCUAAUUCCAGAAUGUGGCAGGAGCUUCGUUCAUGGUGAUGUUAACUCUAUAGGAAUGUACCCUUUUGUUGCAAGAAUUGGAUUUAAAAGUAACACAGGGCAAAUAAAGUAUCCUUGUAACGGUGUAAUUUUGAAUCAGCGCACGAUAUUAACUACUGCCAGUUGCGCACUUGCAAAGUCUAGUAUUUAUCAAUUGGAUUCUGUGCUUGUUGGUGAGUUUAAUACUGAUACUGAUCCUGAUUGCAAUACACAGAAAAUUAAUAUAUCGUACGUGAUAAAACAUCCCAACUAUCGAUCUGAUACUUUUGCGAAUAAUAUAGCGAUGUUACGUUUAAAAGAAUCAAUACAAUAUACUGUAACUGCACAACCUGUGUGUCUUUUACCAAGAGAUGGAUAUGUAAAUGUAGGAAUGAAUCCUAUUCUUGUCGGAUGGGGUAAGCUGGCAAGCCAGAAAGUGAACACUUGUAAGCAACAAUUGCUGAAAAUGAGGAUUGUAUCGACUGAAGAAUGCAUGAAUUAUUACAACCAAGGAUCAACAGUCGAAUUGUGCACGAUAGGGGAUGAAGAGCCAUGUUCAGGAUACAAUGGAAGUCCCCUUUUAUUUAAAUAUGGCGAUACAUAUUUCUUGUUAGGCAUUUUAUCGUACGGUUCCGACUGCAGCAUGACCAACAACUUCCCCUCAGUCUUCGUGAAUAUACAGAAAUACACAAGAUGGAUUCUAGAAAAUUGUUGAUUGUACAUUAAGAGGUGUGAGACCAGCAGCCCAAGAUGACGGUUCUGUUUGAGGUGAAUUUUGCGCUACGAAUUCAUUUACACCUGGAACUUCAUUAAUUGUUAAUAUAUAUAUGAUAUAUCGUAAUUCUUGUCCAGAGUAGGCUAUAAAAUUGUAUGGAAUAUACUUACUUUGCUCAGGCCAUAGGUCAGGCGAUGCUCUAUCUAGUUUCUCUAAACUCAUAAGACUUUCUU